CACGAGGCCACCGAGAGCAUUCAUUGGAUCUAGCAAUGGGGGAGACCGAGGGGAAGCUGCGGGCGUUGCGAAGGUUGCGCUCGUUGGUUUGGGGUCGCUUGCGCGUGCAAGCAGUGGAGGAGCUGGGGGCUGCUGCGACUGCCGAUAAGCUGAAGGCCAAGAUGAUGUGCCUCACACGGGCACUCUGGGCGAAGCAGUCGGCAGCAGUGCAGGCCAAAUUGCUAGCAGGAGACGAUGUCGGUGCCGACGAGUUGGCGCUACCAGCAGCGCAGGCGCUACCAGCAGCGCAGAGGAGGCUGCGCGGCAAGACGGCGCCGCCAGCGCCGCGUCCUGCGCAGGGCAGUGGCGCGGCCGCCGCAGCACCCGUCGCCGCUGCAGGGGGGGGUGGCGGAGGUGUUGUGCCGGAUGCUGACGCCCAACAGCCCGCGCCGCCUGCGCCGCCGGUUGCAUGUCGCAAUCAGGAGGCCCGGCGACGGGCGGCCAAGGCAUGGGCGAGGCACAUCCGGAAGGACGAGAUGGCCAAGAUCAAAGCUGAGCACCCGGGCCAGAACAAUGCUGACCGCGAGUGCAUCCUGCGACGGCGGGCGCGCGCAACCGUGGCCACGUGGACGCCGGAGGAAGUGGGGGCGUGGGCGGCCCAGCAAAGCGGUCCAGCAGUGCGGGACCACGCCACGAAUCUAUUCGUGCAGGGCCCCAUUGCCGAAGUGGCCGCUGGGCCGGGCGAGGGCGUUGGGGCCGCCGCGGCAGCCGCGGUUGACGGGGCAGCCGUGGCCGAGGAAGCACCUGUGGAGGCGCCGGGCGCGCCGUGGAGCAAAAUCACCGCCCGCCGCAUGCGCAUGAAGCGCUUGUGGGAGGCGCUGGACGCCGCUGCUGGCUCGCAGGAUCCCGAGGAGGCGGCGGCUGCUCUGGACGCCACUCUUACCCCACAGGUCAAGGAAACUCUGCGCAGGAGGUGGGUGCGCCGACGCGCGGACGAUGAGGGGGCGCAGCAGUUUUUCGGCCUCUUCGGGCGUAAGAUGGCGCAGGUAGUCCUCGAGCAGUACAGUCGCGUGCGGUUUCUCGUUCUCCUGCUGUGCUUCUGCGUCCGGUCUUCCGGCGCGGACAGAGGCGCUGCGAGUGCUUGGCUUGGCGUCGGCACCCCACGGAGACCUUGGUCAGCAAGCGCUGGCGUCCGGGAUGGCAACCUUCCGAGCGCGAAGCACCGGUCGAGGGCCAACGGCCGACGAGGCUUCCGAAAGUGGGCACCAGAGAAUAUGCGGAAAUACUUAUUGGACAACAGCGCCCCCGCGUGCGACUACGUGACGCCGAAGAAGCGCCCCCUGUCGAGUGACCAGGCUGCGGAGUCCGAGCCUUGCGUAAAGCGUGCUCUCGCCAACAGCCGGCACCAGUUAUGGCAAGAGGCCCCUUGCGACGUCGCUUGCUCCACCUUCUACCGCAAUGCCAAGUUAGACAACCAUGACGUUCGAUGUGCGACGCGGCAGUUGGACAUGUGCCUCAAAUGCGUGACCUUCGAUAGCGUCGUCGCUCCUGCCGUGAAGACUUGGGUCAGCAAGGCGCGGGGCGAGCUCGCGAGCCUCCUGCCGUCGUACUGGGGCCGGUGGGGCGCCGAAGUUGCAGGCGCCGCGGUCGAUGACGGGCGCAACUUUGCAGUUAGCGCGAAGUGCACGGAUGCGUUGCUUGCGCAUCUGCUGGCAGAGCGGGAUGGGCGCGGACCCGAUGCCCAGGUCCCACCAAAGCUUCAUGGCCAGCUCCAUGCAGUGGAGUCACGUCUGAUCCAUGAGCUCAAGACGAAUUGGCCGCCAAUCAAAGAAAAGGUUGGACUUGUGGAUGUCUGCCGCAGUUUCGAUCUGCACUUCACGCAGCGGGACGAAUGCAAGGACGCCUACACGACCCACUGGGACAACCCAGAGCCCGACACUCUCUACGUGCACUGCGACUACAAAGAGCACGACCAGCUGCCCGCUGGGCCGCGAGAGAUCGGCGAGUUCUUUUACGCAGGCGGGGUGCAGGGAGUCACGGUACUCACGUUUGUGGCGUGGGCGCGGACCUGGGAGCGCACUUAUUUCACCUACGCCUCAGAG